CAUUUAAAAAUUAAAACACAGAAAUGUCUCUUUCCAGCUUAUUCAGCUGUGUGUCAAAUGUACUGUAAGCUAUGUAUUUGCAUCAUAGUUAAUUAAAUAAGGAACCAGAGAUGAUAAAAGUGGACUUUAAAUAUACAGGACUUUAUACUGAAGGCUAUGUGAUCUGAACUACGGAUCCCUCCGGUCUGAAAUGAGCAUCUCCACUGAGGAAACCCCGUUGGAUUUAAUUGAGAGUGGGCGUGGCCUGCAGGUGAGGUCAGCCACACCCUACUUGAUCAGUCUUGGUAGAGGCUUUAUUACUUUGAUACCUCUAACUGAAGAAAUAUCAAAGAUUGGUUUUGAGGAUGCAGAGUCGCUACAGGAUGUCACCGCUGAUGGUCCAGGGAUCCAGUCGCACCACUGUGUCAUCACCAACAGUGCUGGAGUUAUUACUUUACACCCCAAUGGAAAUAUGUGCCAUCUUGAUGGAGUUCCAGUCACCAAGCCAACAAAGCUCUCGCAUGGGUGCACUCUUUGUCUGGGUAAAUCUUUUUUCCGUUUCAACCACCCAAAGGAGGCUAAUCACAUGAAGAACAUGCUGCCAGAAAAGACUGCAGGACCCACACUGUCCCUCAGUACGGAUGCAGCAAAGUUUCAUUCAAAUGGCGGUACAUUGGUUGGAUCCAGCAUUCGUGGCACACGCUCCAAGGCAGAGCUUCAGGAGUUGAUGGAGAGCUUGCAGCGCAGGAAGUCCGCUCUGGAGGCCAGCUUAAAGGCUACUGCAGACUGUGGUUACCUCACUUUGUCACCACCUCCCAGUCCCCAAUCGGCAUCAUCCUAUCUACAGGACCGUCCACCCCUUUCUAUACGAGUCCCUUCUCCUUAUACGCCCUCCAGCAGCUUGAGCAUGCCACCAUCACCUCAUCACUCAGAGCGGCCCAUAAGUCCAGUCCCAACCCAAACUCGCGCCCGACACCAAUCGCAGGACAAUCUGUUGCUUUGCCUCCCUUCAGAAGGGCGACAUCCCAACACUGCCAACUCGCUCCUUUCUAUGUGGAACGGCUCUUCUUCGUCCUAUAUGACCGAUGCUCUUCUUUCAUCUCGUCGAGGUCCAAGCGGGGCAGCCAGCAUGCCCUCCAGUCCUCGCUUGGGGCGCAGGCUGCUAGCAAGAGAUGGAGAGUCCACCGUUGACCCAUCGCUCCGCCAAAGGAAAUACUCCACCGGCUCUCUGAAUGGCCUGGGAGGACAUAGUCUCUCUCUGCCCAGGUUGUAUCGAGGAGACGCCCCGGUGCUUUCUUUGCCACCCCGACGUACCACCAAACCACGCCGCAGCCUUCAAUACUUGGAGAAGCCUCCAGAUGUGACCGUGACAGCCAACAUGACUAGCAGUUCUCGACGGGCCAGCCUCUGUUCCGUGGGUUCUGCCCCAUGUUUGGAUCUAGGCGUAGGAGAAAGGCGGCUGUCGUUUGGUAAAGGAGGCCUGGGGCCUGGCAUGGGGCCAAGGAGGGGCAGUAUCAGUUCUCUCAGUGGAAAAGAAGAACUCCGAGAUUAUCAUCAGAGACAAAGAGAUGAGAGACUACGAGAACAGGAAGUGGAAAGAUUGGAACGUCAGCGUCUCGAGACUAUCCUGUGCCUGUGCUCUGAGCUGGGCCGGUCUGAACUGGGCCGGAUGGAGACAGACUCGGGUGUCUCAGCUGUAUCGGACCUGCAGAAGAUCAACCGAGAGCUGGAGAAGCUACAGGUGUCUGAUGAUGAAUCAGUGUUCUCAGACUCUGCAGCAGUGUCUCUGGAGAGCGGGUUUCUGGGUAAGGGUCGUGGAGAGAUCCUGACCCAGAGACAGCGCAGACUCAGCGGACACAGGGAGACCAGGCCCCAGUCACCCACCACCAGCCUGCGGAGCUCAGUACCCUCUCCACACCUCCGCAGCAAGCAGGUGUCUGACGACAUGCAGCUGAGACAGGAAGUGACACGUAUUGAAGAGGAGAGGAUUCAGGUGCUUAACAACAUUGAGGAACUUGAACAGAAGAUCAGAGAUCUAGACACACAGAUGGACGAGUCUAUCAGAGAGAUGGAGGUGGAGAGAGCUCUUUUAGAUGGGGAGCAGGAGGCAGAAGUGGCUCAGCUGCAGACCGAUAAAGAAAUGCUGGAGAAGCUCAACGAAAAAAUGGCCAACAUGGAGAAAAAUGCUCAAAAAAAUCAAACUCAGGACAAAGCCCUGUUGGAGGCUGAGAGAGUUAAAGUAGAGAGGCUAGCUGGGCUGAUCUCAGAGCAGAAGACCCAGUUGGACACCUGUCCUGAAGCACUGAAGGAGCAGCUCCAGAAUCAGCUAUCCAGGGACACUGAAGCUUUGGAAGCGGAAACGAAGCGUUUUGAAGAUCUGGAGUUUCAGCAGCUGGAAAAAGAGAGCCGUCAAGAUGAAGAGAAGGAGACACAGAUGCAGCAACUCCUCAGAGAGAUUGCAGAAUAUCAGAGAUCUGUUGUCACUCGCAAGGAGAGGCUACUUACCCUGAAGAAGCAGUCCACCCAGAUUACCCAGCAGGCACAGCGGGAAAAGGAGAACUUUUUGAAGGAGAAGAGCAACCUCAUUUAUAUGCUGCAAAGGGAACGUGAGAACCUUGCAUCUCUGGAAAGGAAGUACUCUGAGCUGACAGGUGGUCAAGCCUUUUCUCUCAACCCUGUGUCCAUGAAGGAGCACUUUCGCUCUCUGGAGGAGAGGAGGCGGAGCAAUGGCAGUAAAGAGGGCGGAGUUCUGCUGAGUGAUGGCGGAAUGUCCCGUAAAAGAGACAGGCAGAGCUCCGGAACCUUAAACUCUGCCCUUAAUCACAGUCUGUCUCCCAAGGUCAGACAACAGAUACGGCACAUAGGAAAACCCCAUAUGCCGCUGUCUCAAAGCUCUAGCUGUGGUAGUAUACUCCCGCGCACUCUCUCUGUCACCUCCCGUGACCUGGACACCCGCCGCCUGCUCAAGGCAGGCCAGCUGUUUUUGAAUGAUGAGAGGCAGAGAAUGAGUGAGAUGUCAAAUAGGACGGUUUCUGAGACAAACGUCUUCCUUGAGCCGUUCCACUACAUGGAUAACGGACACAACUUUGACACAAUGAGUGUGGACAGUACAGAAAGCCUAGAGACCAGCAUUUCCGCCUGUUCACCGGACAACAUCUCAAGUGCCAGCACAGCUAACAUGGCGAAGAUAGAGGAGAUGGAGCGCAUGCUAAGAGAAGCUCAAGCUGAGAAGAACAGGCUGCUGGAGCACAGGGAGCGAGAGAUGGAGUUGCGCAGACAGGCUCUUGAAGAUGAGAGGAGAAGGAGGGAGGAAUUGGAGAGGAGACUGCAGGAAGAGACAAACCGACGACAGAAACUAGUGGAGAGAGAGUCUCGUCCGUUGACACGAUACCUCCCAGUGAGAAAGGAUGACUUUGACCUGAGAGGUCACAUCGAGGCGGCGGGUCACCAUCCUGAAACUUGUUUUCACCUGGCAAUCACAGAAAAGACCUGCAGGGGGUUCUUGGUCAAAAUGGGUGGGAAAAUCAAAACCUGGAAGAAGCGCUGGUUCGUCUUUGACCGCAAUCGAAGGACGCUGGCAUAUUAUGCUGAUAAACAUGAGACCAAAAUGAAGGGUGUUAUCUACUUCCAAGCCAUUGAGGAAGUGUAUUACGACCACUUAAAGAACGCACACAAGAGCCCAAACCCCUCUCUGACGUUUAGCGUGAAGACACAUGACCGGGUUUAUUACAUGGUGGCUCCUUCCCCAGAGGCCAUGAGAAUCUGGAUGGAUGUUAUCGUCACUGGAGCGGAGGGAUGUACACAUUUCCUGGUGUGAGCAGGACUCAACUUUGUUUAACGACAUUUAACAAGCCCAAAGUGACCUUCACACUUCAGCUCGACCUGCUGAAAGGGUCCUCAUUUUCUACAACCCCCUUUCUGAAGAGGUUACACUUCUUUGAUUCUCUUUUAUUAGUAGUGAUUGUGACGUGAGUGUCGACUGUACGUUUUAAAGACAUCCAUGACCUAGUUUGGAAAAACUGGUGCUUUACCCACUGCGUCCUGUCCUGAGUUUACAGAGGCAGCUUUCAGACUUCAGAGGUACCAACUGUUCACUUCCAGGGUGAGACUUAGUACGGCUGUAAUUAUGAAAUCACUCACUGGUCUUCACAUUUUACAAAUGUGCCAACUUAUAAUGAAGCUGGAUUUACCUCAAAGAUUAACCAAACACCAAAACUGUUCCUGGAGUGCCAUACAGGCUCUAACAAACAUCAGGGUAUCGUUCAGUACUGUUUUUAUUUCCAAUACAGUACUGAACAUGAAUUUAAAAACUUUUUUUUUUAAAGUGACCCUUGUAUCGCUGUACACUUUGUAUUAUUCCCUCAUUUACCAAGUGCCUUACAUUUGUCCAUAUCUGAUGAGAAUAGCUAUAUAUUUAGCUAUAAGUCUUGCAGAACAGACUGUGGUUAUUAUCAGUGUUAUUUUGUAUCGACCAAUUGUGCCUCCCUGAUGCUCAGGAACUUUCCAGAAGGAAGAAUUUAGCACCAAAGACGAGCUGAAUUUAUGUUUCAGCAUGAUAUGAAUGUAAUAACUUGACACCCAUCACUUAAGAUGCCAUCUUUAAUAGAUGAGGCUCUUGAUAAUUUAGCACAAAUGCAUAUUUUCAUAAGAUUUUAGAUUAGAAUCAUUGAUUUCUUGAUUGUGUGUUGUACUGCAAUUGACCAGCAGAGGGUUUUACUUUCAAUGAUAUUGAUAUGAAUACAGAAUUUAUUAACUGCAAGAAUUUCAUUUGACCCUUAAGUUGAAAUAUGAGAUGUUAAAAGUUUAGUUUUGCUACCGCUGAACAAAUCUAUAUGCAUGUUUGAACUUUUUGAUGUUUUUUUUUUGUUAUGUAGGAAUCAGUAUAUUUUUAUUUAGAGUAAUAAUAAUACAGAAAUUAUAUGAAUAUUGAUGUCAAGAAGAAAUGCCAUGGUUGUCAUAAUAGCAAAAAAAUGAACACACAGGUGCUAUCUGACAGCAAAACGCUGUCUAGUUCAGUGAUUCUCAAGCAGUGUUGGGCAAGUUACUCAAAAAAUUUAAUAUUACUCAUUAUAAGUCAUAUUAUUACAUUACUUAUUACUCCCGGCCAACAGUAAUUACAUUACUAGUUACAUUAUUUUUCAAUUACACCACAAAAGCUUGGUAAUUACAUAAUUUUUGCAGCCUCUGAAUCCAUGAAGUUUACAGAUAAAUGAAGAGUACAACUUGCUCAAACUGAUGACGAGCAAAAAAAUAUUUUAAACAACUUCUGUUAUUUAAUAAAGCAGCAACGUAGUAAAAUCUGUAACAGGGCUCAAGCAGGUAGAACCAACCAAACAUGUUGAGAUUCGCAGUAGACAAAGUCAAAGUACCACUACACAAUUUACAUGUAACAUUGAUGUUUGUGUCUAUUCUUUCUCCAUGCACGACAAUGAUUAUUAAAAUUAAUAGGGGUGACUGAAUUUUUGAACUUCAAAUUAUUAGAUUGUGACAAAAGUAACUAGCCAUUGUAACUAGUAACUAGCCAUUCUUUGGAUGGUAACUGUAAUAUUAUUACUUAAAUUUUAUUAGUAAUUAGUUACACUUGUAGUUACUAGGAAACAUAUUAUUACUGCAAUGCGUUACUAGUAACUAGUUACUGUCCAACACUGUUCUCAAGUGGUUUUGCUUCAGGAACCAGAUUUUCAGACAUGCAGAUUUUGACCUCAAUAACAAAUGAUAUGAGAUGUGUUUUUUCAUAAGCCUUUUUAUUUUACCAUCCAAAUGAUGUGCUGUUUUAAGAGUAAUUGCAUUUAAUUUGCAUUGUUUUUUUUCCCAUGCCUUUAUACCAGUUAAGAACCACUGAUCUUUGAAGACCAAAUUAUCUUCAUCAUCCGUGCAGUCAUUUAGUCCCAUAUAAAUCACAGGGCAUCUUUUCUGGUAAACACUUACACAUUUUCACCAACAAUUUAGGCUGCGAAAUGAAUUACUUUUAGUUUGCCAACCAGUAGAUCAAUGCUGAUGUGCACUUUGAGACUAAACUGUUUUUUCAGCUUUCAUUCAGUAAACAAAACAUUAUAUAGAUCAUAAUAACAAAGUACUUAUUUAAAAUAUAUCUUUUAUAUUUAGCGUUUAUCAGUAUUUCUUUUAAACCAUUCAGUGUUUUUUAGAUAAAAGCAAUAUUUUUAUUGUAAGCAUGUUUUUAGGUCAUUUAAAAUGUGAAGCAUAAUAAAAUCAUAUGUAUGAGUAAA